AAGGAAUGCGGCUGGUAACAAAUCUUCCGUCAACUCAAUUCAGGUACGCCUACAUAGCUUGGCAUCGGCAAGCUCCGUGCUGGUGGACAGGACAUAGCGAGCCGGUUCUCACCGACGAGAACAAGGAGAUGUUCUUAAGGGUAUGUCUUUACAGUAUUGAAUCAAUUUUACGGACACGGAUGACGGACUCAUGAGGAAGCUUGUGGCUUUGAGAGUAAGUUUGCAUUCCAACGUGCCUUUAUCAAGUUAGUGCCGGAAAUUCUUUCUGACUGACGUUUCUCGCUCAUUGUGUUAUUUGUGUCCCUCGGUUAAAUCUCUUCAAGCAAGCUGGAAUUCAGGUAAACCUCGCCCGUCACCAGCCAUGCGAAUCUGUGACUCGGUUGUAAUUCAAUCCAAUAAGAAAUCGAAGCAAAAGCAAAAAUCCCUACCAAAUUUGCAUACACAGUGGGUUGCAUGGUUACAGAACGCGUCCAUUUUUAAACCUCUUACACAGAACUUCGGUGCCUCUGCAGACGCUAGUGUGCUUUCCAGGACGCGCUAAAAUCGAUGGGAGCUGCUUUUGCAUCGAAAUAGCCUCGACCUCACUGGUACCAACCCCUAAAGCAAUUUGCAUGUCAACAACUGUCGGUUGGGUUUGAACAGUUCAUAACAGAAGUAUCCAAUCGUUGAGUCCGUCACUUUAGACCAUUACCGAAGCAGCGAUGGCUUGUUCGCGGUGCAAUCACCUACAGAUUCAGAGGCGAAUUCGCUGUAAUGUGAGCUUCUUCAGGUAGAGGUCCCUAAAGUAAAGUUUUGCGAAACGCCCAUUUGUUGCCCACUUUUAGUGUGUCUGUUUAGCCAAAACUUCUCCGAGGUUGGAAACGGCGUGUUCCUCACGCCAUCUUUUGUCACGUCAGUCAUCUCGGAACGUGUUUAUUUUUCAGCACAUGCCCUAAUCCUCUUAGGAACCGGUUCUACAUGUCCUUUAGGUGUCCAAGUUCUGUCGGAGUAGAUAAUAUUUUUGUCUUGUGAUCUACUGUGUAUGAAGCACAAUCUUAUCUGCCGUUUAGUUUCGAAUCAGGGCAGAAUGGCUGCUGGCUGAACCCUGCUUCUUGGCGCCUCCCUUGGAAGACCGCCCUGUCCUGUCUUAUCGUGGCAAUUCCAUCCAGGACCAAGUUAAGCAAAUUUUAAAGAGACCGUGAUUUGGGGUCUGAAGGCACUUUUUGGACACACUAAUUACUCCGAAAAAUGUGAGGAACUUGUUUCAGUUAAACGUAAAUCUGGAAACUGUUUGAUAUGUACAUGUUCAAGCACCUUCCUGGAUUCGAAGUCAUUAUAUUCAGGAACUGGAGUUCAAGAUCUGUUUCGAUCUAAGCAGCCGAAUGCCGAAUUUACAUUGACAACUUUUUUGGUUGGACGUUUUUUAUGAUGGCUUGAGGUGGUUUAGUCGUUAGGGGGCUCCGACUGGGUCCUUCGUUUGAAUACACUAACGCCCAGGAACUCCAAUGCUACCUCGGAAGGAUCUCUUCACUUACUUUUCUGGCUAGGCGGAGCCAGGGGGAAUUGAGUGUCUUCGAUCCCUUCGAUUGAAAUGGAAACAUUGGUUACCUUCUAAUUCCCUUGAGAGUGCGCCAGUGGAGUGUCGAAGGGCUGGCGGGUCAGAGUGCAGUGUCAGGUUGAAGACAUUAUUUUGGAACUAAUAUUUAAUUUGGUCCAGGAUUGAGAGCAGCAAAGCCGCGUGUGUAACCUUUGAAAACCUGUAAACCUUGAAACGCUCACACCAAUAGUAUGACGCAUCUGUACCAUUUUUAGAAUAAACAGCCGAGGGUUGUCGACGUCCUCUUUUUCUCUUCCCAGAAAUUACCAUAUACUCUUGGUGCACUCUGAGAUGCCAGCUCGUCGACCUUAUUGGGAGAAGCAUCCUGGACUGUUCACGUGAAACCCUGAUUCCUAUUCUUCCAACUGAUUCCUCUAACUCAGCCAAGCGUGGAAGUUUUGAGAAGUCUACGAUCAUUAGGUGAAGCAGGAGAAAACGAGUGGAACGGUGAUGGUUAAAGACUUCCAGGACUGACCGAUGCGCAAUUCCUGGAGCGCGUUACACGGUCUGAAUUGUUCUGAGUUCGGGGUUGAAGUGGACUCUACCGCUAAACUUUGGCUCCUACUACCAUAGGAGUCGUGAACCACCCAAGACGUUACUUGCAUUUGAGAUUACUUCUGCAUAAUUCCAGUAAUUUUGUGACGGGGUGCAAUGCAGAAAUCGAUCAUCGCUUUUCGGCAGUCAUGGUAGAUUGUAGUGUGGACUUGCAGGUUUCGGAUACCGAAAUGUAUCGGAAUGCGAUUCAACAUUUUAUCGACGAGUCCAUUGGACCUUACAUGUAUGGCCUUGCACCGCCUUCGAUUCCAGCAACGUCGAGGAAUUUGCUGCGGGAGCUUGCAGGAACUGUAUUGGAGGACGUUGUUCAGACUUCACCCGCCAUGGCGAUUUCAGGGAGUCAGUCUGGGCUAUUGGGGAGUUUACCACUAACAGCAGCUGGUGUCGUGUCCGUAGAAUUAGCUCAUGAGAACUCGGCACUUUUGACCGGCAUAACGACCAACGCUACAACUGGGUUAGACGAAGCAUUCGAAGCCAUGCAGUAUGGCAACAUUGUGAGUUCGGAGGAGCCUUACUACCAUUGGACCAUGCCAAGAAGCAUAAUCCCUUAUGAGGACCAAUCUGCUUUGAUUCCAUUCCAGGACAUGCCAAACAAUCCUACUAGCCUACUGGAUUUCGAAAUGCUCGGACAGCUUCAUUCCACAGAUGGAGCCGAGCUGAGCGGAAAGGAACUUCAACAGAGAGUCGCUCUAGAACGGGCACCAAAACAGAUACUGCCGUCAACUACGACGGGAUACCCCUCAAGCAAUGUGUUUGGCAGCUCCUGGAAAGGUAAAGAAAUAUUAGAAGCAGAGAAUUUGGAAUUCGCGAAAAAGUCUCCCGAAAGCAGAUUAUUGCCGCAACGGAACACAUAUGCACUAGGAAGAUUAGCAUUAAGCUCAAGUCAAAGUGUUCUGGCAGAGCUGCCUAGAGUGGAUUUGCAAACUUCUCCAGCGGUACCUAGUAUAUCGAAUCUUGACACCCAAAUUUUGCCUUCCGGUUGGAGCUCCAUUCAUCAAAUGCCGCUGUGGCAUAGUCUUCGAUCUGCCUUUCGAGCAUUCGGGCCUUUACGAUCCUCCACAUCUUCUCGAAUCCGAAAAUUUCCCAAAAGGCAGCCUCUAAUUCAUCAGUGGGUAAUGAGAAGAUUGCCUAAUUGGGAGACACAGCGAGGACGGUCUCAAUCGGAUCAGAAUCAAAGAGGAGUUGGAUCUGGUAAUUCCGAUGCCACGCUUGGAAACUAUUAUAACCCCAGAAGCCCGAACUCCGAGGCGCAUAGACGAGCGGAGCGCACGCGGAGGGAGAAGUCCAAAAAGAAGCUGGAUACUUUGAUAAACAUUGUGCCGAUUAUCACUAAGAGGGACAAAAUUUCGGUGCUCAGCAGCACCAUUGAGUACAUCGGGCACUUGCGUUCUAGAAUCUCGAAUCUUGAAAAGGAGCAAGAAGCUGCACUCGGGGCGACAGGAGCGAAAGAAGCGACGACAUCGGUAGCUAAAUUCAGGACGGGAAAGGAAUUGGGUUCCUUCAACACGGAAAUAGCUGCUGGCCCUUCGUCCUCCACAACAACGCCUGUUGUGGUGGAAGGCAUACUGGGUGGUGAAACAAUGAACAUCAACGUGGAAACUAAUUACCAUGCUCGGUCUCUAAUUCAAUUACUGAGCAUAUUGCAAGAGUUGGACCUCGGGAUCAUCAGUGUGGCGUCCGUUUGCGAGAACGUGCGAUUCCGUGCCGCCGUUUGCGUCAAGAAUUCAAGGAAAUCGAGGACGACGCCCGAUAGCCUGCAAGCGACGCUCCUCCGAGUUUUGGAAGGGAACUGUGGGUCCGAGUAGUCACCGUUAUGAUUUGCGUCGGAGUUCAUCGUGACUCCGAAACGAUUAGCCAUUGGAUCGAAGUCAAGCAGGACCAUUUGGACAGCGACGAUUAUGUUCGUCCGCUUCGACCAACCGUGAAUAUUUCAUGAACGCAUCAAUCGCAACGGAUGUCGAUGACCGCUCACUUCGCCACGAGACGAAACGAGAAUCCGUGCCUUGUGGUCCUGACAAAUCCUUUGUUACAGCUGCGAGAGCGUAGGCUUGUGCUGUUCGCCGAGCCGUGAUUCGGCGUUUUCCCUCGCCUCGAAGAUGGGCAAUGCUGCGACGCAAAGAAUCCGCAUCGUCGAAGUUGCCGAACUAGAGUUGUCCUCAUCAGUCGUCGUAGUUGUGACAAUGAAGUUGAAGCUUUAGGGGUAGGGCUAGGGUUUAGGAAGCAGAUGGGAUUAGUUGGCCAUGCCAUAAUCCAUUUUCUGCUGUUCUUUCGAAUCUCACUCAUUUUUUUUUACCAUGGUAAUUACAGCAUUGAUUGCUAGUAUUAAAGGUCAUUUUUUUAUAUAGUUUAUUACUCACAUGUUGAGAUGAAGAACCUUGUCUUAGUUGACUUUGUACUUAUAAAAUCAACCAAGAUGUCACAAGAAGAAAAGAUGGGGUGGUUUUUUUUUUCUU